AUGUGCGAAGAGAACGUCAACACGACGAUACAUUGGCAUGGUCUCAGUCAACGUCUGGCUCCCUUCUCCGACGGCACGCCUCAAGCAAGUAUGUGGCCUAUACCGCCCUGCCACUACUUCGACUUUGAAGUAUUCCCUCUCAAAAAGGAAGCCGGAACGUACUUUUAUCAUUCCCAUGUCGGCUUCCAAGCCGUAUCUGCUGCGGGGCCUUUGAUCAUCGAGGACGAGGGCGGCGUGUCACCCUAUGAGUACGACGAAGAGCGCCUGGUCUUUCUGUCUGACUAUUAUAAUCAUACCGACCACCAUAUCGAACAGGGGCUGCUGGCCCAACCUUUCGUGUGGUCCAAUGAGACGAAUGCAAUCUUGAUUAAUGGCGUCGGAGUUGCACAAGAGGAACAGCACCGAUCCGGCGAAGAGGGAUGCCCACUCCCCGUCAUUGAGGUUGAGCCGGGAAAGACGUACCGUUUCCGCUUUGUGGGCAGCCUUGCCAUCUCCAUGGUCGAACUGGGCAUUGACGAGCACCACAACUUUACCAUUAUUGAGGCAGAUGGAUCAUACACCAAGCCACACAGCGAAGAACACAUGCAGCUGACGUCCGGUCAACGAUUUGAUACCAUCUUCACUGCCAAGACCGAAGCGCAGCUCAAUGGCAAACGAGACUACUACAUCAAGCUCGAGACCAACGAACGGCCGAAAAAGUAUAUUGGCUACGGAGUCCUCCGGUAUUCUGGUGGACAGCCCGAGAUUACCAAAAACCCCGAGUCUGCUCCAUUCAACUUCACGGGUCACUCGUACGAUUGGGCCGAAUACGCUCUGGAGCCCCUGCAUGACAACGACUUCCCGACUGCAGAUGAGGUCACACGUCGCAUCGAGCUGGACAACCGACAAGUCUCUACCGCUAGCAUUGUCUGGCGUGUCAACGGACUGGAAUGGAAUGAGACGACGAACCCCCAACCAGGCGACGUGCCAUAUUUGGUUGACAUUUACCAGCGCGGACAGGCUGCGAUGCCCGAUUACGAUGCGGCGAUCGCCAAUGGUGGCUGGGAUCCUACCACGUUCACUUUCCCAGCCAAACUAGGAGAGGUCAUCGAAAUCAUCUGGUACAAUACGGGCUCCCUCGUCAAAGACAACGGAGGCCAAGACUUCCACCCCUUCCACGCACACGGAGCACACUACUACGACAUUGGCAGCGGCAACGGCACCUACGACCCCGUGGAGAAUGAAAAGAAACUCGCAAACUACAAGCCCGUCUUGCGUGACACCACCAAUCUCUAUCGCUGGACGGAAAAAACCGUGGCAGGCCAACGCGUCGGCUGGCGCGCUUGGCGACUCCGCGUCACGGAUGCUGGCGUGUGGAUGAUUCACUGUCAUAUCCUCCAACAUAUGAUUAUGGGCAUGCAAACGGCGUGGAUCAUGGGUGAUUUGGACGAGAUUCUACGAGUUCCUCUGCAUGAUGCGCGCGCGUAUUUGGAUUUUGGGGGUGGCGCGUUUGGAAAUGCCACGUAUGCUCCGAUGGUGAAUCAUUUCUUUGAUGGGGCCAGUGGGGAAGAGUGGGAGGAGAAGGUGGAGGCGGAGGAGGUUUGA